GAAACUUUAUGUGCACAGGGUAUGUAAGACUUUGGGAUGGGCUUAGUCUCUAUGGGUGCUAUAGCAAUACAGACUUUAUUAUUUACUCUGCUUAGGGACUUAGAGAGCCAAUGUGGUGUAGUGGUUAAGAGUGGUGGACUCGUAAUCUGGUGAACCAAGUUCGCUUCCCUGCUCCUCCACAUGCAGCUGCUGGGUGACCUUGGGCUAGUCACACUUCUCUGAAGUCUCUCAGCGUCACUCACCUCACAGAGUGUUUGUUGUGGGGAAGGAAGGGAAAGGAGAUUGUUAGCUGCUAUGAGACUCCUUAAGGGGAGUGAAAGGUGGGAUCUCAAGUCCAAACUUCUUCUUCUUCUUCUUCUUCUUCUUCUUCUUCUUCUUCUUCUUCUUCUUCUUCUUUUUCAGGACUAUUCAUGUAUACUGCUGCUUCCAUUGCAUCUGGUGUAUUAUCCAUUUUUAUUUUUAUUUUGUACAAGGCUCCCAUUCUCGCCAUCACUUCUGUUGCUUUCCCGUUUCCUUAUGAUGAUGGCACUCAGCAACAAAGCUGUUAGCAUCUCUACUUUCUUGUAAGAAAUAUUCCAUACAUGCAUAAUUUCUGUCUCUUUCCAUUAACUUACUGAGUACGCAGCUUGGGCGCUUAGAACAAUUUCCUUGUUUUUCAGGUGGAGAAACAGGGUGAGUUUUCGCCUUUCAUCUGGUAUAACCUAACAAAGUAGAUAUUGUGCUGCUUAUGUCAAGUGUUAUGUGGUCUGUGUUUUUGCAACUUGUGCUAUCACAGGGAAUUUUAUUCUCUCUCUCUCCCUUCUCGGCUUCCCAUAGGAAUAUGAGAAGCAUAUGAGAGCAGGGGAUAUUUAGUUUUCAGCUUUAUUUUCUCCCACAUUACACGGGUUUGCAUCCAAUCAGUACAUUAGCCUGUUCAGCUAUAGGAAAGUGUGAGAUAGCAUUCAUUCUCUUAGAAAUGAUAACCUGUUUUAUCUAGUGCUGUGAACUAUAAUCAUUCUGUUUGUACUUUCGGUUGGAAAUAUUGUGUCAGACAGGCAAACGGAUAGACAUACAGCAUGUUUACAUUCCACACUGCAGGUGAUAGAGGUGGAUUUGCGUGGUGCCAAUAAAAGAAAGCCAAAAGAAAAGUAGUAAUGAGUGGAUUAGACAUAUCAUUAUGAUUGCUGUUAAUUUUGAAAGGUAUGACUAAUAUUGGGGAGGUGGAAGAGCAUCUGAAACAACUCAAUGCAGAGAUUGACAUAUGCAAAAGACUCCUAAAUGAGCGUGCCAUUUAGAAGUUUGAUGAAGAUAAGCAUUGAGAUGCAGAGUUUGGGGUGCAAGAGGUAGAAUAAUAGAAUCAUAAAAUCAUAGCGUUCGAAGGGACCCUGGGGAUCAUAUAGUCCAACCCCCUGUAAUGCAGGAGUAUGCCACUGUCCCAUGUGGGGAUUGAACCUGUGACUUUGGUAUUAUCAGCACCACACUCUAACCAACUGAGCUAUUCGGUGAUCCACUCAUUAAGGAGUAAGUGCAGUCUUGCCUUUUCAACAUGAGGGUUCUGGUUCACAUAUUCAUAUACUAGAGCAAAAAAAAUUAUGCAGAUCAUUGGCUUGGGCAAGAGGCAAUAACUCCUACAAGCUAAAAAUUCCCACAGGGGCAAACUUCAGAACAGAAAUUGUGGAUGGUGAUAACAGGCCCCAAGAAUGAUUUAGUACAGCACUGGGGACAUGCUAUCGUUCACCUGAUCAAAAUGCUCGAGGAGUCCUUGAGAUGGAGAAUGAGAGCAAAUGUUAUAGCCAUAGGUGACUUUAAGUAACCUCUCAUAGACUAGAUGAAUGUGUGCUCCAACAAAGUAUCUGAAGAAGUGUGCACGCACACAAAAGCUUAUAACCAGAACAAACUUAGUUGGUCUCUAAGGUGCUACUGGACAAUUUUUUAUUUAUUUAUUUAUUUUUUUGACUGUGACAGACCAAGAUGGCUCCUUACCUGAAUCCAACAAAGAGGUAAAGUUUCUAGAAGCUGUAAAUAGACUGUGCUCUGGAACAUUUUGCUGUGGAACCAACCAAAGUGGUGACAACCCAGAUUUCAUCUUGAGUGGUGCGCGAAACCUGGUGUGAGAUGAAAGUGCUCCUGAACUGAUUGGGAACAGUGACCAUUGUGCUAUCAAAUUCAAUAUAUACCGUAUGUAAAUGGGCAAUUGCCAGGAAAAUCCAACAGUCACAUUUGACUUCAACAAAUAUCUCAAAAGUGAGGGACUGAUAAAAAAGGAAGUUAAAGGGGAAAGUCAAGAGGGUCAAAUCUCUGGAAAAAAUGCUUUCCAUCCUCUGUGUUUGUUGAUAUAUAUUUUUACCUUCUGGAAUGUGUCCUUGAACUCUGAUAAAUGCUUCACGCUAGCUUGGCUGGAGGAUAGAUUGGGAGGGGUGCUAAUCUGUUUAGAAGCUAGCCUAGUUUAUCGCAGUAAUUCACAUGUCUUCUUCUGACUAUAUUGCCCAUGGUCCUGUCCACCACUGGAUUGUAAGCCCUGGAAGGUUAUCCAGGAGAGAAAGUGGCCACAGGAGGGGGGAGAGACUUUUCCUCACCCAUGGCAUAGACAUGUUAUCUGGUCACACUAAGCAAACGUAGGGAACCCCCAGACUGUGGAUGUAGGCUGAAACCAGAUUUCAUCCCAGCUGUCUCCUGACCCAAGGACUCUUCUUUGGACUUAGUUUAGGGAAAAGACAAGUAAGAGACAAGGCAAGUAGGAGAUAGGACAAUAGAAAAGUAUGGACAAUUAUGUGUGGUACGGAGAGAAACGUGGAGUAUGGAGAGAACACGGGUGGCGCUGUGGGCAAAACCACUGAGCCUAGGGCUUGCCGAUUGGAAGGUUGGCGGUUCAAAUCCCCGCGAUGGGGUGAGCUCCCAUUGCUCAGUCCCUGCUCCUGACAACCUAGCAGUUCGAAAGCACAUCAAACUGCAAGAAGAUAAAUAGGUACCGCUCUGGCGGAAAGGUAAACAGUGUUUCCGUACGCUGCUCUGGUUCGCCAGAAGUGGCUUAGUCAUGCUGGCCACAUGACCUGGAAGGUGUACACUGGCUCCCUUGGCCAGUAAAGCGAGAUGAGCGCCGCAACCCCAGAAUCGCCCGCGACUGGACCUAACGGUCACCGUCCAGUUACCCUUUACCUUUACCAAUGGGAAAAGUUUUUCUUGCUCUGUCAUAACAUAAGAACUCAGGGCCGUUCAAUGAAACUGAUACAGUUUAUUAAUACAGUGCAUAGUUAAACUAUCAAAUUUUCCCCCACAAAAUGUAAUGAUUGUCACCAACCUGGAUGGCUUUAAAAGUAAAUGGGAAGAAUUUAUACAUACAUACAUACAUACAUACAUACAUACCCUGCCCAUCUGGUUGGGUUUCCCCAGCCACUCUGGGCAGCUCCCAACAGAAUAUUAAAAACACGAUAAAACAUUAAAAACUUCCCUAAGCCUUCAGAUGUCUUCUAAAAGUCAGAUAGUUGUUUAUUUCCUUGACAUCUGAUGGGAGGGUGUUCCACAGGACAGGCGCCACUACCGAAAAGGCCCUCUGCCUGGUUCCCUGUAACCUUACAUCUCGCAUUGAGGGAACCGCCAGAAGGCCCUCAGAGCUGAACGAUGGGGGUGGAGAUGCUCCUUCAGGUAUACUGGGCUGAGGCCAUUUAGGACUUUAAAGGUCAGCACCAACACUUUGAAUUGUGUUUGGAAACGUACUGGGAGCCAAUGUAGGUCUUUCAAUGACUUUUAGCCAUGAUGGCUGUGUUCUACCUCCACUGUCAGAGCCAGCAAUGCUUCUGAAUACCCAUUGCUGGAAGCCACAAUUGGGAGAACAUGUGGCUUCCAGCACUUUCAUGCUUGAAUCCUGCUUGUGGGUUUCCCUCAGGCAUCUGGUUGGCCAUUGUGAGAACAGGAUGCUAGAAUUGAUGGGCCUGAUCCAGGGAGUCCUUACAUCCUCAUGUUCUCUAGACUAUUUCUGCUAGUGAUGGAGGUUCCCUCCCUGGUGCAGCUCCUCCGAGUGAUGCAAGUGGCCUUUAGAUUAUUAUUUCUUUGAAGACGGAGAAAUAAUCUGUGCUGCCAAUAGCUAAGUCAGCAACCUUAAUGGCUUUGGCAGCACCCCAUUAGUAGCAGAAUUAAGUGGCUUCCAAACGAUGGCGUUGACAUUUGGCUGCGCAGUUAGAGUAAUAAACAAGCAAGCUAUUUGGUUAAAAGCUUCCUUCCUUUCCCCACCGCCACGGGCCCUGGCUGUCCCUUGGCCCUUUACAUCUUUGGCUUUUUGUGCAGGGAGGUACAUCAAGGGGUCUGUCAGGGAAGAAAGCGAAAGUUGGCAGGGGAGAACAUUUGACCCUUUCAAGUUGCUGUACAAAGUGGCUCGUUAAUGGUAAUGUACUCAGGUAGCUUCAAAGUUUAAAGGCAGAACAGGGAGAGUGGGGGUGACUGUCAAUCCACAGGAAGUAUCAAGAGAGAACCUGGAAGGUUUGGAAACGGCAACCCUGCACUGCUAUUGAUUUCUUUUAUGUUUGCUGUAAUUAUGUUAAUCUUUCGUGUUAAUGUGGAUUUUGCUGAAGUAACUACACAGGCUUUCUGCUGAGGUGCAGUAACUAAUAUGCAACACCUGUAUUCUGCUAGAAAAGUGGUCCUGAAUUGUUUCUUUCAGAAAAUGGAGUUGUUGUUAGGAACGGAAAGAUUUCUACUGAGAUUUGGAAUUGAUGAAUGAGAUAUGUGCAGAUUCAAAUGCAAGUGGUCCAGGUCACUACCUCACAGGCAAAUAUGCCGAUCAAAACUUAGGGUUGUAUUCAGUGCUAACAACACUCAGAGCCGACCUGUGCAGACUAAUGGGUGUGACCAACUUAGGUCCAUCAAUUUCAGUGGGUCUGGGUAGAAUUUAGCUGGCUGCAACUCACACAGUGGAAUGCUCAUUGUUGCGAUAUCCACACAGCUCAUGGUCUCCCUGCAAAAGAAUAUUGGCAACUGUAGUUUGUUAAGAGUGCUUGGAAGUGCAACCCUCUAAGGGGUAAACUGUAAAGGAUACUUUGGUAGAAGUCAUGUGCUUGUGUGGUGUGGAUGUGACUCAUGACUACUCAGAAGUAAGCCCUAUUGAAUUCAUUGCGGUUUACUCCUCAGUAAGUGAAGUAAGGCUUACAGCCUUAGUUUUCCAGCAGGUUUCAUACUUCCUGAACAUUUUAACACCGUCCUAGCCUUUUCUUCCCAAUAAAAAUACAUUUAGAAAUAUGAAUUUGAAGUAAAAUACGUUGAUAGAUUGGAGAGAAAAUGGGAAAAUUCACAAUGAAAUAUGUAUUUUCAUGGAUUUUCAAAAUCUUAAUGUGGAAAUGUGAUUUUUAAAAUAUAUAUUUAUUGCACUUAUAUGGUAAUUUUGGUCCACAUAGUUCAGGUAGUGUACACAGUUAUCCCUCCUCCUCCUCAUUUAGUCCCCACAACAACCCUGUGAGGUAGGGGAGGUUGAGAAACUUUGACUGGCCCAAGGUCACUCAGCAAGUCCUAGUCCAGCAGUGUAACUUCUCAUUCACACUGGCUCUCUGGAACGGUUUUAGACUCUGAAAUAGACUUUUGAGUGAAUGCACAAGAAAAUGAGACAGACAAGAAGUAAACCGAUUCCCUCACUCCUAGUUUGUAUACACUGGUGGUUAUAUUAUUUGUAGGCAAUCAAGUUUGUGCUAAUUAAUCAUUUGCCCUUUAACUGGCUGAUUAAGCAAUUGAUUAAAUUUAAAUAUAUUUGCCUAUUGGCAAGAUCUCCAUAUAGGCGUGUGAAUGUUGUUCUACACUUUUUUGUGACAUUCUUGCUUGCCAUAGUGUCACAGUUCAAAUUGGUCAGUAAAUCGCAUAGUUCAAAGCUGGAGUUAACUCUUUAUCAGUCAAACACUCUUUUUUAAAUAUUAUAAUAUUUAUAGCUGAAAUCCUGUGUAGCGCUUCCUUUCACAGCCACCUGACCUGGGUAUGCUAACAGAGAUGAAAUGUCUUUUGGUUGCUAAACCUCUUUUUUUCCAAUUAACCAUAACUCAGUUUUGGUGUGGGAGAAGAAAAAGUUAAUUCCAUCAGCAUUGCUUUCCUCCCUUAAUUUCACAGCACUAAUGUGUUACCCUCCUGACACCGUGAGCACAGCAGUGUUCCUCGUUUCAUUUAAUUUAAGCAAUAGAAAUAAAUCCAGGAAAAUAGAGUGCAGCACAUCUGUGAUUUGUUGGUGCUAACCCAAACAGCUUAGACAUAUAUACUAAAUAAUUGCAAGCGGGAUGACUUAUUCUUAGCUAUAGUGCAAAAUUACAUUUAACACAAAAUACAUGUUUUGAUCUCUUUAUCUUCUCAAAAUACUUUGAUUAUAAGAGCGUUCUGGAACGUAAAUUGGCAUUUGGUAAACCUAAUUUCAGCUAGAUCUUUUUUGAAGGCAGGGUGUGAUCCCUCCCACCAGCCCCCAAUCCAGUCACAUAUAUAACGGCUCUAACUUGUGGGGAAAGCUUGUGGGGUGGUGUUUUUUUUGCCUUAUCAACUGCUUAAAUAUAAAGUUCAUGGGUGGUAUUCAUGGAAUAGAAUAAUAGAGGUAUAGAAUUGGAAGGGACCCUAAGAGUCAUCCAGUCCAACACCCGGAUGUGCAGGAAUCAUAGCUAUAGAUCCCCUGACUGAUGAUGAUGAUGAUGAUGAUUAAUUGAAUUUAUUUAUAUACCACCCUAUACCUGGCAUGCCUGGCGUGCUCUGGUCCUUGGGGUCACGAAGAGUCGGACACGACUAAACGACUAAACAACAACAUACCUGGAGGUCUCAGGGCAGUUCACAGAAUAAAAUCAAAAUACAAAGCCACAAAAUACAUAAUCAAAAUAAAAAUAGCAACCCAAUAACCCUCCCCCCAAAAAACACCCACAUUUUAAAAGGACGUCGGAUCCUCACAACAUUUAAAGUAAGACAGUUAACAAACCUGGACAGGAGCCAUUCGUUGAUAAACCAUGAUCUCAGAAAUGUCUAUGGCAAUAUUUAUUGGCAACCAAAUUGGUUGGGUGCAAAGACAAAAAGAAGAGGGGGCGGGAAUUAGCUUUGGUUGUUGAGAGAUGACUUCUUUUUCUUCUUCUCUGGCGAUCACUCAUAGCCGAGUAAGAUUGUCUUCCAUAAACACGGUUUUAACAAUGAGUCCGUAAGUGACUGUGGAGGCCAGUUCUGGAUCCACACAUCCUUCCACAGUGGGGACAUAGGUUUCCAGGCAGGAGUUGAUCACAUUUGAGCAGAUGUAAUAUAAGAUGAUGCGGGUAGCGCUGUGGGUUAAACCACAGAGCCUAGGACUUGCUGAUCAGAUGGUUGGUGGUUCGAAUACCCGCGAUGGGGGGAGCUCCUGUUGUUCGGUCCCUGCUCCUGCCAACCUAGCAGUUCGAAAGCAUGCCAGUGCAAGUAGAUAAAUAGGUACCGCUCUGGCAGGAAGGUAAACGGCGUUUCCGUGCGCUGCUCUGGUUCACCAGAAGCGGCUUAGUCAUGCUGGCCACAUGACCAGGAAGCUGUAUGCCGGCUCCCUCAGCCAAUAAAGCGAGAUGAGCGCCGCAGCCCCAGAGUCGGUCACGACUGGACCUAAUGGUCAGGGGUCCCUUUACCUAAUAUAAGAUGAUCAUCCAACUACUGUAUGAAAACCACCAUGAAGAGUUCAGUGCCAGUCCUACUCAGAAUAAACCCAUUGAAGUAAAUAAACACUGUGAAGUCAUUCCUUUGCCCAAUUUAUACCCCAUCCUUCCUCCCAGGAGGGAGUCCGGGAUGGCUUACAACAUGGCGGAGGAACCUGCAGCCUCUGCCCCAGAUGUUGUGAGACUACCACUAUAACCAUUCCCCCAUCAUUGACCAUUAGCAAUUGGAGCUGAUGGGUGCUGAAGUCACCUACAUCUGGAGCAGGGGUCACCAAACAUUUUCAGCAGGGGGCUGGUCCACUGUCCCUCAGACCUUGUCGGGGGCCGGACUAUAUAUUCUUUUUUUGGGGGGGAGAAUGAAUUUCUAUGCCCCACAUAGGAUGCAUUUUAAAUAAAAGGACACAUUCUACUCAUGUAAAAACACGCUGAUUCCCGGACCGUCCGCGGGCAGGAUUUAGAAGUUGAUUGGGGCGGAUCCAGCCCCCGGGCCUUAGUUUGCCUACACGUGAUCUGGAGGGUUGUAGUCCGCCCCCCUCCCUCCCUGGCUUGCAAUAGGACCCAAAAUCAAAACCUUAGAACAUUUCACAUUUAUGUCACAAUCAACUCACAAAACAGCAAGUGGAUAACUUGGGUUCAUUAAUUUUGCUGGGGCUACACUGAUUAGGACUUGGCUGAAUACAGCCCAUCCUAGUCAAUAGAUUUAAUUGCCAAACCCAGCAUCGUGAGAAAGUUGUUCCUUUUGUUUAUUUAUUUAUAUACUGCUCAAUGCCAAAAGUAGGGUUUUAAGCUGUCCACAAAGUAUCAAUACAUGUAGCACAGACAUCAAAAUGUAAACACAAAAUACAUGUGUGUAGCUAAAAUGCAUACAAGCUAAAAAACGUUCACAUUAAAAUAGAAACAUUCAUAACUGAAGUAUGUUGACAUCACUGUUAUGGAGAUGGAAAAUCCCCUCUACAAAUGGCGUUAUCUGGUGUUUCCUCUGGCCAAUUGAUUGUAUGAUUACGAUGAUUCUGUUUGGAACGUUAAUGCAUUGCCUUCCUUAAAUGUGUCUUUUUGAUAUUUCUGGUACUUGUGAUAUCGUCAUGUAUCUAGCCAUGCGUUUCUGUUUAUUUGUAUUACUACUCAUACGUGCUUGAAUGUUCUCAAUAAAAGUUAUAAAUAUGAAAACGGUAAUUAAAUACACAAUCACUUACUUGCAAAUUAAAAAUUCAGUAACAAACUGAAAAAAAAUGCAGAAAUAUCUCACUAGUUGGUUUAGUUGAAAUUCUGAAAAAAAAUAUGUUAGCCAGACAUUAUCAAGGCACUCCUAUCUCGUAAUUAGCUGUGAAAAUGGCCAGAUUUGUAGGUUUCUGUGUGGAUACAGCAAAAAUAGACACCGUGUGAAUGAUACUUUUCAUGGUUUUUAUAGCAAAACACAGAUUUUUUUUUUCUUGGUCAGAAAAUUCUGCAUAUCUAUUUCUUUAUUUUUUAAAAAAUAAAAUAAUAAUAAUCAUAAUCAUCAUCAUCAUCAUCAUCAUCAUCAUCAUCCAUAGGAGAAGUGUAAAUUCAGUAUUGAGAAACACUGUGUUCCAGGACAGGGUUUCAUAUUUUUUGGAUGAACAAAGUUGAAAUUAAAGGCAAAGGAAUGUAUUUAUAUGGUACUGGCGGUCUUAGAGAAGCAUGAAAAGUUAAUAGGGAAGAAUCUAUUUCUGCACUGGUGUUCCUGCUACUUCUUGUAAGCUGUUUCUGAAAACCUAAAGAAAAGAGAGGGGGAAAGAUUUUUCUUUUUCUCCCCACAGCUAUUCUUAUGAUACUCUUUGAUGUAACAGAUAAAAGCAAAUGGCUGUGCUUUAAGUUAAAUUUAUGUACAUACUUGAUGUGCACCUAAUGUAUCAGGUGUUGCAUGUUAAUGAAAUGCAAAUGUAUUGACAUUAAACAAUAAUUAUUAAGCUUCUUUAAUCAGUUUAAUGACUUAUGGAAAGGAAACUUACAUUAGUGGAUGAGGGUGGGGGUUUUUUUUGUUUGUUUUUUUUCCUGGCUGGAAGAAAACAGCUUCACAUCACCUGAAUGAUUUUAGCCUAUUGAAUUCAAAGUUUGAUUAAUUUCCUGCACUCACAAACUGAUAAAUCUGAAAGGAAGCUAAACUAAGUAUGUGCAUAUUCAGUCCUUCUUGAUUUUGGAGAAAGGACCACGUACAGAGUUAAUAAGCUGCUUUAAAAGGCAUUCGUUCUCAUUAGAUAAUCUAGAAGCAGUAAUUCUAUAUGGGAGCUAAGGAUUUCUGAGAAUUUGUUGUCUCUUCAUCAACCUACACAGCCCAGGAAUCUUGCCAGUAAAGUGAUAUAAAACCUUUAUAAAUGUGCAGCUUAACUGUAUUCCAAACACUUUUGAGCAAUGAGGUCAAUAUUUAUUUUACGCUUAGACAGGAGUGAACAUUUUCAUCUUAUUAAAUCGUAUUGCAUAUUUAAUAUGCAAAAGCCAUUUCGGAAAAUGCUGCGACUCUGGGCUUUAUUCAGUUACACGAACCCAAGUUAGUUAUGACCAUUAUUUCCAUUGUGCCCACUCUGAGUAAAAGUAACAUUGGCUGCAACGCUCCAUCUCAGUGUUCUAUCACAUUCUGGUGUGACAAAGGAACAGAAAUAAUGCCUCAUUGAUAGGAACUGGCUCACCUAGCAAUGGCAGGAGCAUAUAGUUUCAAGUGAUGUCCAUAAAUGCAGUUUCUCCGGUGGUGAAUAGUUGCCAUUCACUCCUAUGGAAAAGAGUAAAGUGUUUCACUUGAAGUGCACGUGUCAUAGUGAGAUCAAAAUGUGCCCACAGUCAAUGACAAUGGUUGGUUCAGUCAUCAGUGGUGGGGACCCUGAAGGAUUAGCUCAGGAUUAGAUCAUGAGACUCUUAAUUUCAGGAUUGUGGGUUUGAGCCCCAUUUUGGAUGAAACAUUCCUGCACUGCAGAGGAUUGGACUUGAUCACCCUUGUGGUCCCUUCCAACUCUACAAUUCUGUAUUUCUGUGACUCCACGGAGACAGGUGUCGCAUAUCACAAAAAUGCAGUCUUUAUAGCAGAGAGGUCUCCCAUCCACAUGCUCUCAUCUGACUGUAAGGACAAGACGUUUUGAUAAUUCUUUCCAAAAUACAACCCAGGCUCUUUUCCCCUUCCCAUGCUGUGCCAACUGGAAACAAAAUUUGUUUUUAAAGGGUGCAGUAGUGUGAUGGCUUGUUAAAGUGGUCAGGAAAGGAGGUGGGGAAUGAAGAUAUGUACAGUGAAGAAAAUUACACUUGUCACCAGCUGGAUCAAUAUGUUCAUCAAGCUGUAAUCAAGGGUAUACACCACUACUUAGAAAGUAUAAUUGGUUCAGCGCAAACCGGCAUUUGAAUGUACGCUACGCUUUAAACUGUUUGACUCUAUUAACAUUUAAAUACCCUAUUGUGUGCUCUGCUGUUUCUUCCUUUUAUUAUGCAACUGAAUUCUCUGUCGUUUGCAAUGAUUAAUUUCUUUUUAAAAAACGUGCACAAUGAAGAGAGUUAGGAAUUCCUUGUGUUCAAUAAUUACUCAGCAGCCUACCUUAUUAUUUCGCAUAAACGAUUGGGCCUCAUGUUAUCCAAUAUCGGGUCAAUCAUUUGUAAUAAUCAAGAAAUAUACAAUAAAGUUUCCCACUCCUUUCCUCCACACCAAGGACUACAAAAGCUUCCAUUGCACAGGCAAAGUCGCCAUUAAUUUUUGGAGUACCAAAACAAUUGAUAGCUGCAGUACUUAGAAUGCUCUAGGAUGAUUUUGUAUUUUCUUCUGUAGUAAGGUCACACUUGCACCAUAACCUCUAAACCACUUUAUGCAACUUUAACAGACAUGGCUUCCCCCCAAAGCAUCAUGGGAAAUGCAGUUUGUUAAGCAUGUUGGGAAUUGUAGCUUUGUGACAAGCAAGCUACAGUUUCCAGGUUUCUUUGGGGAAAGUCAUGACUAUUAAAGUGGUAUAAGAGAGCUUUAAAUGUAUGGUGUAUGUGUGACCCAAGUAUUAAGUUUCUAUGCAUAUGUUCCUUGGAUUGCAAGCUAGCAUGUCAGGAGGGAGGAUUCUAGCUUAGGUCCCUGAUGUGCUAGCUUUCCAUGGGCUGCCAUGAAAUUCACAAUGAAAUCCACCAGUCACAGUCUUUCAGCCUAACUUACAUUACAGGGUUAUUGUGGGGAUUAAAGGAGGAGGGACAGAAGCAUAUAGACCACCUAAAGAUUCUUGGAGGAAUAAAGGUAAAGGUAAAGGGACCCAUGACCAUUAGGUCCAGUCACGGACAACUCUGGGGUUGCGGCGCUCAUCUCGCUUUAUUGGCCAAGGAAGCCGGCGUACAGCUUCUGGGUCAUGUUGCCAGCGUGGCUAAGCCGCUUCUGGCGAACCAGAGCAGUGCAUGGAAAUGCCGUUUACCUUCCCGUCGGAGUGGUACCUAUUUAUCUACUUGCACUUUGACGUGCUUUCUAACUGCUAGGUUGGCAGGAGCAGGGACCGAGCAAUGGGAGCUCAUCCCGUCGCGGGGGUUCAAACCACCGACCUUCUGAUCGGCAAGUCCUAGGCUCUAUGGUUUAACCCACAGCACCACCCGCAUCCCUUCUUGGAGGAAUGGUGGGAUGUAAAAGUGAUAAAUAAAGAAAUACAAUAAAUAUUCAGGUUCUGCCACCUUCGUCCUUCUGAUCAUCCCCCAUGAGCUGGAGAGAGAUCUUCUGAAGUGGGAAGUCUCUACUCAUCAUGUAGGCUCACCGGAGAUCAAUGGUAGAAGAUCUACUCUGCAUGCAGAAGGUCCCAAGUUCAAUCUCUGGCACCCCCAGAUAGGGCUGGGAAUAUUCCCUAUCCGAAACUCUGCAGAACCACUGCCAGCCAGGGUAGAAAAUACUGAGCGAGAUGGAGCAAAGGCACCUUCCUAUAUUCUGUUUUCCAGAAGGAAAUCUGAAGGACAGUUGCAAACAUGGCCAAGGGCAUGGUGAGGUAGAGUUUAUAGUCCUGCCCCAGUGUCUCCUGCUGCAUGUUUGCUUAAUAUAAAAUACCACUGGCUUGCUUCCUUGUAAUAAUCCUGGUCUGGAAACUCUCUACAGUUAUUUCUGCAGAUUUAGCUAACCAUCAUUAGCUCUGUUUAAUUAAAGAUUUUAAAAGAGGGGGGGAACCCACAGGUUUGGGGGGAGCUGCAAAAAGCAUGCCGCUAAUUUACAUUUUUAAAUAAAAGUUUCAAAUAAUAUAGCUAAUGACAAAGCACACCUCGCUAAUGGUCCUAGGCUAGUGAGAGAAUUACAGUGUCGUUCUAUAUGCAGAAGCCUUUAUUAUAGGACUACUGCAUUACCGUGCUGGUAAUUAGUAUUAUCACAGUCAGUUCCCAUAGAAUUAAUAAUAUCUUGCUGCUCAGUUUAAAGUCUCACCCUGGGUCAUUUGCACCCCCAGCACUGAAGCAGCCGCAAUGUCUAUGGCUCUUAAGCUGUGGACUUUUUAUAUCGGAAGGAUAGCAUCUGAUAACAUUAGAAGCCUCAGUCUGCAAUGGGCCAAAUUCCACCUCCCAUUCUCUUGGAACUCUCCCGAGUCCACACCCCUUACCCACAUCCUCAUCUAGACCACAUCCAGACCUUCUUAUCUUCAGCAAGGUGGUAGCCUCAUGUGACUUCAGGGGUUGUCAAAAGCUGGCUGCUCUUUGGUUCUGGAGAGCCCUUGAGCAAGGUGCUCUCACUGUGUCCCACUUCCUGGAUGGGCUUAUCUCAUCCUCACUGAUGCCCUCACUCCCCAUUCUCGUACCCUCUCUUGCCUUAAAUGCAGUCCCAUGUCCUUACUCUUGUAACUGCUUAUAUGCGCAGAGAGGGCAGGUGGACAGGAAGUAUCAGCACACAAGGAGGUAGAGCAGUCGUGCCAGGAGACUCUGGCUUUCUUGUUUGGUGAGAGUCCGAUGCUCACAGGGGACACACAGCAGUGUACCAUCAAGAGGCUGAGUCAGAGAUUCAAGGCGAGGACCCAACUCAAGAAUCCAUCUACAAUUCCCAUCAUCCCUGACCACUGGUCCUGCUAGCUAGGGAUCAUUGGAGUUGUAGGCCAAAAACAUCUGGAGGGUCGAGUUUGAGGAAACCUGAUCCAUGUCAUCCAUAGCACCUUCAGGACCCUGGAUAGCUCCCCGGCUCCUGCUGUGGCAACUGUACAUACUGACAUCUCUGCAAGCAUUUCUGCAAGACUGCAGUCCCUGUAAAUGUUGACCCGACCUGUAGUGUAGUGAACCCCAGAGGAGCAGACGGUGCAGUUAAAUGGCCUUCACCUUAUUUUGCAGUCUUUGUCUCCAUAGGGAGACAGAGCUAGUGAGACCCCCUUCCUCUUAAUCAGAGGAGAGCAGCAGGCCAGGUGGGCCAGACUUCGGGCAUUUAUUUACUCAAGGAUAUUCAGAGCUGCCUCUGCCUCCUUGGGUGUCUCCAUUGCUCAGUGCACGGUCCAUGGGUUGUGGGCCAUGGCACUGCAAAGGUGUGGGUCUCAUCAAAUGCCCAGUGAUGUCUACCUCUAACACCGACCUGGAGCAGCUGAGAGGCAUUAUUGUCAUCUUGAAUUGUGUGUGUAUGUGUGUGCACAUGCAUGUUUGCACAUGCAUGCUCACCCAGAGAGAGGCAUAGACCAAAUAUAAGUGCAACGCACAGAUCCCAGAACAUCCCUCUGCUUAAAGCAGAAAUUGGAACGGGGAGAGGGUUAAAGAGAGAGAUUUCCUAUUUCCUCCUCGUUUAAAUAUCUCUGACAAUCGCCAUACCCACAAGGCUGCCAUGGUAGUUAAUCCAGUCUGGCGGGGGAUUAACUUCCAGAGUGUUUCUAAAAAAAUAUAAGAAGCUUUCUCCCUUCACCCCACCCCCACCCAUCCGCAUCCCGAAACAGCUUCCUUCAGUCAUUUUUUGGCCUUCCUUGAAUUUGUAGGCAAGUUAAGGGGACUUGUUGACAUGGAAUCCCUGCUUCCCUUACAGGUCUCUUCUGCCCAAGCCAUCAAACAAAGCAUGAAUAGGCUUCUGUGCCCUGGCCAAAUUCCGUAUGAAUAGGUUAUUCUGGUCGGGAGCCAACAUCCAUGGAUUUAUGUUGUAUGGGAAGGCUCAGGAUUGUCUGGAGAUGAAUAAGGCUCCAAAUCAUUGUGUCUUGAAUUGUAGGAGGUGACUGUACUACAGAUAUUAAUCCUUAGUUUUAAGAUUAGCUGUUGUCCUAAGGAAAACCAGGUCUGUGUUCUUCACAGAUGGCAAAUGUUUUCCUCUUCUCUCUACCCUCCAAGACUGAGUAGAUAUUAUCCCUUGGGUGGCAGCGGGUGGGGUUAAUUCCCACACAUCCUCUGAACAAAAUCGCUAGAAAGCUUCCACUAAUUAUUUUCUGUACUCCAGACUUUUUUUUUAAAGUUGCUAUUUGGUAUAUUUAUUUAUUCUCAAUUUAUUUGAGGAGGGGGCAUCUUGAUGGAUUGCAUUUGGCACUCAUCUGAAUAUUGCACAAGCAGCUUAAUGUUGGAAGCUUUAAGCACCUUUGCAAUCUAUGAUAAGAGAUUUUAAUACUUUCUAUGAGCUACUGGAGAAAAUGAAAGGCAGGGGGAGGCAUGCAAGGAUAGUCAAGACACGUAUCAAUAAUGCUUCACAAAGGGCUGGAAGCCUUUGCAGUUUGCUUUGACACAUAGCGUUCAUUUUCUAAGGGUCAAAUGCAGAUCCUCUGUGUGUGUGUGUGUGUGUGUGUGUGUGUGUGUGGUGUGUUUGUGUGCAUGUGUUUGUCACAUUAAAAGCAAACAAGUUUGGAAUGCUUUUGUUGUAAUGCAAAGUUUCAUAUUUCCUUUUGUAGAGCCACAUUCUGUCUAAUAGCAAAUGAUCAAACAGAUUCCCUUAUUGGCCACAUGCAAAGCUGCAAGCUCAGAAUAUCAAAGCAGGCCUUGCAAACUGUAGCAUUCUCGCUGACUCGGCCAAGGGAGAAGGCAGAAUUAAUAAUUUCUAUGUCUUCUUCCCGUUUCAUUCAAGUGAAUUGCAUUGCUAGUACUGUUUCUGCAGAGUUCUCAUACAUUUUUUUUGGGGGGGGGAGAGAAAGUAGCAGAGGCGUUUUGUGCCAGAGGCAAAAAUCCAAAUGGUGCUCACUCUUUCCCCCUGGUGGUCAAAAUGUUGUGAAACACAUUGAAGCUUUUUAGCAGCGUUCUGUCACGCUCUAAUGUGACCAAGAGUGGAACUCAAGAUGUGCAGUGGACAUGGCUGUGUGGAUAGGUUCCACCUUGACGUUGAAUGGCUGGGGCCAUAGUGAUGACCAAGUUUCAGGUAACAAGUUAGCCAUUCAAUUGAAUGGUUCCCUCUCAUACCUGAUGGGAAAAAUAAUCGUGCUGCUCUUGAGGACAAUGCUGCAAUUAGGGCAGAAUCUGAGUUCCAGCCUUAGAGGCAGAAGGUCUGUCUCUCACCAAUAAGGAUUCUGGAGGUCACAUAACUUCAGAACCCACCCAGUGAGGCCCUUGAUACAAAUAAGGUAGAAGUAUGGACUGCACCACUUCCAUCUGGAGGUGGAGAUCACACUCUUACCCCCCCCCCCAAGCACAGAAACAAACUCCUUGCAAGUAGAAAAGUAGUAUCACAAGUAGUGAGCUAUACCAGAAAUGUUCAGCUUGAUGUUCUUCUUUUGUUUUGUUUUGUUUUUUUCUGAAAUAUGCAAGGUUUCCUGCACACGUAAGGUAAAGGGACCCCGACCAUUAGGUCCAGUUGUGACUGACUCUGGGGUUGCGGCACUCAUCUCACUUUAUUGACUGAGGGAGCCAGCGUACGGCUUCCGGGUCAUGUGGCCAGCAUGACUAAGCCGCUUCUGGCAAACCAGAGCAGCGCAUGGAAACACCGUUUACCUUCCCGCUGGAGCGGUACCUAUUUAUCUACUUGCACUUUGAUGUGCUUUCGAACUGCUAGGUUGGCAGGAGCAGGGACUGAGCAACGGGAGCUCACCCCGUCACGGGGAUUCGAACCGCCAACCUUCUGAUCAGAAAAUCCUAGGCUCUGUGAUUUAACCCACAGCGCCACCUGUGUUCCCUCCUGCACAUGUAUAUCAGGUAAAUUAAAGUUUGACUGCAAGUCAGGGAGAUUCAAUUAUAUUGGGGGGGGGGUUGGGGUUGGAGGAGGUCUGCAAUGACAAAGUUUGACUCUGCCAGGUCUGUUCCAACAACUCCCUUUGCUAUACUUGCAAUGAUGUAACAAUAUUUGCUAUUGAUUGGGCCUGAGGGGGGAUUGUGCCAUAUUUAUGGGGAGUGAAAACCCAUAUUAGGUGGAACAAUUUCAUGAGUGCUACUCAGGCACUGGGGGGGGGGGGGGAGAGAGAGAGAGAGAGAGAGAGAGAGAGAGAGAGAGAGAGAUACAGAUACACCUUACCAAAUAAUCAAUACUAAUUUCCGAAUCCAGAUUAGAAUAAGGCUAUGUGUUCAGAGGUAUUUAACAUGCUGUAGAGAUGACAACUCCAUUCUCUUAUGUCUCCCCUGUAGCAAUGGGCUGUUAAGACAGAUUAUAGUUUAAAAGCAUCAUUAUUAAAAGACAAUGCGGAUAUUCAUAGGUCUAGUCCUGAUCCCCUUCUUGUUCCCUUUCAAUAAAAGCAAGCUUAGAGCAGCUAUUGAAGUCUCAUGCCAUGAGCAUUAUUAGUUGUGAUAAUGGGACUUAAUGGUGCUACUUAAAAUCGGAAUGUGUGGCUCUCGCUUAAUAAGUGUGAUAUAAAUUAAUUUGUAGAACGUCCUGUGGAGUCGGGUCAGUAUGAAUGAAUGGAUCAUAAUUGUCUUAGCUUCCUGCCUUAAGGGGCUUCCUUCUCCCCACCCAGGUGAAAACCAGAUGCCUUGAAAGGAGAUACAGUGAAAUGGCCACCCCAAGAUUGGAAAGACUGUCUGUAGCUAGCUUAUUAAAGUUCAGCCUCACUGAAUGGGAUCAGUACUGCUGCUUGAUUUUCAGUGUCUCUGUGUGGGGAUGGGGAUGGGGUGAAAGAUUUGAGUGGGGACAGGGGAAAGUGAGGAUUCAGAAGCGAGACGUUCUGCAAGGUUUAAAGGACUGCUGCUAGGUGUAUUCAUGAUGCAAAUGGUUCUCCAAAGAACAAGGCAAUUGUGUCCCUUGUUUAUGGGAUGUAUAAUAGCUAUUAGCAUCCCACACUUUUUGUUGGAGCUAUGAAAUGGUUCAUUUUGCAUGCCUUUGGGUAGAGAGCUUUUACGCUAGUGGCCAAAAUUGUGGAAACCUUUUGGAAAAGGUGUAUUCCUGAGGUUUGAUGGCUCAUAGCACCACUUUUUUGGAGUGAUGCCAUAAAAUUAUAUAUCAACGGACAGAUAAUUUAACUAAGAAUGUGAUGCAGUAACUUUCAUGAAGAAUUAUUUAUUACAACAGCAGUCAUAAAGAAGAAACGUGAAACACAUAGAGGGGAAAAAUGGGGUAUACAAAAAUUCUCACCAUGUCAGUUAAUACUUAGUUGGGUAACCUUUAGCUUUAAUUGAGGCCUUACAACACCUUCCCAAGGAGUGAACCAAGUUUUUUUUUUUAGCUCUGCAGCUGCAAUAAUGUGAAACCAAGAUUGAAUUAUUGCCUCUAUUAAUUGGGUUUUAUUUGUGGAUUUGUGUUUGGACUAUUUGCCCCCUGCUUGUCAACCAGAGUCCACAAAGUUGCUCGCAACAAUUACGAAAUGGGCACACUAUGAAGAGUGAACUUUAAAUAACUGGCAUCUAGCAUUGCUUUCCACAGGCAAGCUUUUGUUCCUAUCAGAUGACCUUUUGGUGGGAGAGGGGUCAGCUCAGCAGGAGGAAAAACAAGUGGCUACCAAGUCAGACCAUUAGUCCUAGAUCAGCAUUGUCUACACUGACUGGGAGUAGCCUAUUUUCCUUUCUCCCCUGGCAUCUGUUAGCAGUGAGGGACAUUGGUGACACUGUGGUCUAAACCACUGAGCCUCUUGAUCUUGCCGAUCAGAAGGUCGGUGGUUCGAAUCCCCACAAUGGAGUGAGCUCCUGUUGCUCUGUCACAGCUCUUGCCAACCUAACAGUUUGAAAGCACGCCAGUGCAAGUAGAUAAAUAGAUACCGCUUUGACGGGAAGGUAAAUGGCAUUUCUGUGCACUCUGGUUUCCCUCACGUGUUCCGUUGUGCCAGAAGUGGUUUAGUCCUGCUGGCCACAUGACCCGGAAAGCUGUCUGUGAACGAAUGCCGGCUCCCUUGUCCUGAAAGUGAGUUGAGCACUGCAGCCCCAUAUUCGCCUUUAACUGGACUUAACCAUCCAGGGGUCCUUUACCUUUACCUUUUACCUCAAGUUGCCUGUGAGGCAGUGUGGGGCAGUGUGGUAUAGGAGUUAGAGUGUUGGACUAGGACAUGGGAGACCAUGGUUGAAGCCCUCCUUUGUCAUGGAAGCUCACUGGGUGACCUUGAGCUAGUCACUGUGUCUACCUCACAGGGAUGUUGUGAAGAUAAUACUGUGGGCAUCAUCCUGAGUCCCUUAGAUCUAAGGAAUGAUAAUGAACUGGUCAGAAAUAUAAAUCCUUCUCAGAAAUGUGCUUAGGUUGCGGGGGGGAGGGAUUCUCAAAAUCGUAUCUCUACAUAGAUGCUGCAGUGGAUCUUUGCUCUAGUCUUAAUUUCAAAUGAGCUUUUAAAAAGAAGAAGAUGAAGAAGAAGAAGAGGGGGUGGACCUGAUCUUCGAAAUAGCAAGAAUCGUUACAUGGCUGUUGUGUUCAGUUUUGUUUUGAGCUAGACUGAUGUUAAUGUAGCCAUUCAUUUAGCAAUAAUGGUUUUGCUCAACUAAUGGAUCUCACGAGUCUGAUUUCAGGAAGCGCAGUCGUCCAUCUAUCCUAAGCAUCUAGGGAUGCUUAGCCAAGACUUCUGUGUACUUACCGAGUUUCCAUGCCAGGCUCUGGAGGAAAGUGAAAUAAUGGUCUUUAGCAAUCUCUUUCUGAAUAUAUAUGCCCGCCUUUUUCACCAGGUGAAGUCAAGGCGGCUUAUAAAGCACACCUUGAUAUAUAUAUAUAUAAAGAUUUGAUUUCAAACAUAGCAUAAAACACAACUACAAAGAGAGCAGCCUUAAAGUAAUUUCCAGUGAAAUAUUCACCCAAAUGAAUAUUCACCCAAACUGCUUAGAUUUUUAAGCCACUCGGAGAUUAUCUGUCAAGUAAGCAGUAAAUGAAUUUUGUAAAAUAGAAGUGUGUAAUGUUAUGGCUUCUUCAUCUUACUCAGCAAAGCAAUCCUCAGGUGUUCGUUCUGAUGCAUCGCCCCUUCGCACCUCCUCCCUCGGUGGGACUAAGAAGAGCCUCACAGGUGUAACUUGGAGCAGGAAAAUGAUCCCUCUACCCCAGUCCGGAGAUCCUGUCAUGGACAUCACAAGACAUUUGUUUGCUUCAGCCUCCAGUGGGACCAUUGUUUAA